GCAUCUUGGGAUCUCCAAGUGCACGCAACCCUAGCUCUUUGCCAUAGAAGCUACAUUCGCCAUCAUGGAGCCCGAUCAACUGAAAGAGAAGCUGCACGUCGAUAAGGAGAAGCUCAAGCAGCAAUUCGAUGUCUCCCAUUUCGGCCUCAAUUCCGUCUUGAGGGGUGCCCAGUUGACCUUUGUUGGAGCCCACCGAGCGCUUCAGAAUCCCGGUAUAUUUACCUCCGAUCACUAUAAACAGGCUGCUGCUGCUGUCGUCGCAGGCCUGGCCAUCCGCCUCAUUGUUUCCAUUCCCAUUAUCGGUGUUCGGGUUCUGCUAUGGUUUCUUUCUUUCGUAAUGAACCUUGAACAGGUGACCUGGGACAAUCAGAUCGUGGAAGGGCUGGACUUUCUCGAGGAAUACGUCCUCCAAGUACCGUUCUUCCUCAUGACCCUCAUGCGCUACGUCACGCCAACACUCGAUAACCUGUUCAUGGAUUCGCUCCAAUGGGUCGAUCUGACGUACGUUCAGAAACACAAGCACGAGAACCCCGACAAUCUACGCGACAUGUAUUACCCGAACCUCAAAGGCUACAAGGUUAAAGACGGGAGCACCCAUAGUACGAGCACGGCCGAAGCGCUAUCGAUGUUCUUCAUGCGAUUCGCUCGCAAAGGCGGCAUCUCUCUAGCCAUCUUCGCCUUAUCAUAUGUGCCUUAUGUUGGUCGCUUUGUUCUGCCAGCCGCCAGUUUCUACACGUUCAACAAGGCAGUCGGCAUGGGACCAGCAUCCAUCAUCUUCGGGACCGGCAUUUUCCUACCGAGACGCUAUCUCGUGAUUUUCCUGCAGAGCUACUUCUCGUCGCGAACCCUGAUGCGCGAGCUGCUUGAGCCGUACUUCUCACGAGUGCACUUCACCAAGGAUCAGAAGCGCAAGUGGUUCCACGACCGCGAGGGCUUGCUCUUCGGUUUUGCGUUGGGAUUUUAUACGCUCAUCAGGAUACCUCUUGUCGGAGUUCUCGUCUACGGCAUUGCCGAGGCCUCGGCGGCCUACCUCGUCACCAAGGUCACCGACCCUCCCCCGCCGUACAGCGAGUCUGCUGGCUUUGCAGCCAGUCAGCAGACUUGGACGAAUAAGCACGAAUUCCUGAGCUUGGAGUUGUCCAACCUGGAUUCCAUGCACCAUCGGUCCAAGCAAAAUAGUGGGCAGGCCCAGAGUGACAUACCGAUCCCAUCUGUAGAGAAAGCCAGCCACUGAGUGCCCCUCUCUUUCAUCGGAGAAGAUCCGACCGCCGAGUCCGAAGCUGGAGUAGUAUUAUAGGGGGGUGUUGCAAAGUUCAUCUUGGAGUACUGUACAUACAGACGGCUUCCAGCGGAUUUCGAGAGAAGCACGGAAGGUCGGCUUCUUCAUAACCACCAUGACCAGAAGCGAACAUCAGGUGGCGCUUCUGCUGAUUCCAAUUACGUUUCGCGGCCGAUAGGGAGAGCGUUCGCUCAUGCAGAGUGAAGUCACCGCGACGAAUCACCGACAGGGGUUGGGGUGUCGCCGGCGGCGAGAUCGUGCGGGGUGAAUGGGAGCUUCUGAUAAGCUCCCAUGCUAUGCCCACUACAGCUCAGGAGCUCUAGGACAGCUCCGCGCAACCCCCGAAAAUCCGUAGACCUAGUGUACAUUGGCUCACUGGCCUUAAUCGAUGCGCGCACGAUGUGAUGGGAGUCCAUAGCUUGCCAAGGGCGGGGUAAUCAUAGACGCCUACUUAU